GCCUCUUUCCUCACUUCCUCUAGUCGUGCAGGGCUUGGCUUGGUACUCUUCAGUCACUGGGCAGCCAUCUUGGAUCUAGUUAUCAGGCAACCCUUACUUAGGAGAUGGGAGGAAUCGGAUCGUCAGCGUCUUUUUUAGACAAUUUUUACUUUUGAAAACUAGGGCAUUGGGCAUCGGAAUCCAAGUACUAACUGGACUUUUAACUGGCGUGAUUCGGCGGCAAGCUGGCAGGGAAACCCAAGACCGGUUUUACGCGAUCCCCUUCCCCUUUUCCUUGUCUGAAUGCGGUGUAGAGGGCCUAUUUAGUGUUUGAAUGUUCAGUUUACUUCUAACUGCAAAGGACCGGGAGAAUAAUGAUAUUGAAUUGAGCUCGGACUAUGGUCUGCGUUUGGUCAGCUAACUCUGCACGGAGAAAACACGUUUUUCUUUUAUGCGGUUAAUUUUUUGGGGGGGAGAAAUAGACACUUGUUUUUUUUUCACAGGUGUUUAUGGAAUAAUGCUGUGCAUACUACUCCGAUCGCUACAUAAUUAGUGUACUCGGGAUAUCCUCAUACACAAGUUUAUUUUUCCAAGUUUCCAUUGGGCUGCCGCUGGAUUUCUUCUGCAAGUCCAUGGUCUUCAGAAGCAAGCAGAUGAGUAUCUGCAUUUUACUUCUCUAAGGUGCAGUGAAACCAGUAGAUAAACAGAAGAGCCCCUGGAAACUAUACAUUGAUGAAAACAAUGUCCACAAGAACGCCACUGCCUACGGUCAAUGAGCGAGACACCGAAAAUCACACCUCGCACAGUGAUGGGCGGACGGAGAUUACUACUCGACCUGGACGCUCCGGGGCUCGCUGCCGGAACUCUGUUGCCUCCUGUACGGAUGAACAGCCGCACAUUGGCAACUACCGGCUGCUGAAGACCAUUGGCAAGGGCAACUUUGCAAAGGUCAAGCUGGCACGCCACAUCCUCACAGGCCGUGAGGUUGCAAUAAAAAUCAUUGAUAAGACUCAGCUAAACCCUACUAGUCUCCAGAAGCUCUUCAGGGAAGUAAGAAUUAUGAAGAUUCUAAAUCAUCCGAAUAUAGUUAAACUGUUUGAGGUCAUCGAGACGGAGAAGACGCUAUACCUGGUUAUGGAGUAUGCUAGUGGAGGCGAGGUCUUCGACUACCUCGUAGCGCAUGGAAGGAUGAAGGAAAAAGAGGCCAGAGCUAAAUUUAGACAGAUUGUGUCUGCUGUGCAGUACUGCCAUCAGAAGCAUAUAGUCCACCGAGAUCUAAAGGCGGAGAACUUGCUCUUGGAUGCCGACAUGAACAUCAAGAUUGCUGAUUUUGGUUUCAGUAAUGAGUUCACUUUGGGCAACAAGCUGGACACAUUCUGCGGCAGUCCACCCUAUGCUGCCCCCGAGCUUUUUCAGGGCAAGAAGUACGAUGGUCCUGAGGUGGACGUCUGGAGCCUGGGGGUCAUCCUCUACACGCUGGUCAGCGGCUCGCUGCCCUUCGACGGGCAGAACCUGAAGGAGCUGCGUGAACGUGUGCUGAGGGGAAAGUAUAGGAUCCCUUUCUACAUGUCUACCGACUGUGAGAACCUGCUGAAACGUUUCCUGGUGUUGAACCCAGCCAAGCGGGGCACACUUGAGCAAAUCAUGAAGGACCGCUGGAUCAAUGCAGGCUGCGAGGAAGAUGAACUCAAGCCCUUCGUGGAGCCAGAACUGGACAUUUCUGACCAAAAGAGGAUAGACAUAAUUGUGGGGAUGGGCUACUCCCGAGAGGAGAUCCAGGAGUCCCUGGCACGCAUGAAGUAUGACGAGAUCACCGCCACCUACCUGUUGCUGGGCAGAAAGUCAUCUGAGCUGGAGGCCAGCGAUUCCAGCUCCAGCAGCAACCUGUCACUCCCCAAGACCAGACCUAAUAGUGAGCUCAACAAUGGCCAGUCUCCCUCCCACCACAAAGCACCACGGGGCGUCUCCACCAGUCAGAAGCAGAGGCGUUACAGCGACCAGGCCGGCCCGACCAUUCCCUCGUCGGCAGGCUACCCCAAGAGGAGCCAGACCAGUGCAGCUGACGGUGACCUCAAAGAGGAGGGCGGGGCGCAGCAGCGCAAGUCCAGCACAGCUGGGGUCCGAGCCGUCGCUCCCCCCAGCCCCAUGCUGGGCAAUGCCAGUAAUCCCAACAAGGCUGACAUUCCGGACCGCAAGAAGGGGUCCACCACCCCAAAUAGUAAUUCAGUGUCUGGAGGGAUGACCAGGAGAAACACCUACGUCUGCAGUGAGAGGACCCCCACGGACCGCCUCUCUGUCGUCCAGAAUGGGAAGGAGAAUAGCUCAGCCGUGCCGGCCGGCCAGCGGAACCCAGUAGCCUCCACCCACAGUGUCACAGGUGCCACACCUCCAGACCGACUGCGCUUCCCACGCGGCACAGCCAGCCGUAGCACCUUCCAUGGUGGCCAGCUGCGGGAACGUCGCACCGCCACCUACAACGGACCGCCAGCCUCACCCACCCUCUCCCACGACGCAACGCCGCUCUCUCAGUCACGCAGCCGCGGCUCCUCCAACCUCUUCACAAAGCUCACCUCCAAGCUCACACGCAGAAACAUGUCAUUCAGGUUUACCAAAAGGGUCACUAAUGACCCCCCCACACAGCAGACUACCAACAAAUCAGGGCCUGCCAGCCCCCCCUGCCUCCAUGGCAAGGACCAGUAUCGCAAUGUUUCCGGGGACCAGAAGGACGAGAAUAAAGAUGCCAAGCCUCGUUCACUGCGCUUCACCUGGAGCAUGAAGACCACAAGCUCCAUGGAGCCCAGCGACAUGAUGCGCGAGAUCCGCAAGGUGCUGGACGCCAACAACUGCGACUAUGAGCAGCGCGAGCGCUUCCUGCUUCUUUGUGUCCAUGGUGAUGGACACGCCCACCCAGAAGGUCUGGUCCAAUGGGAGAUGGAGGUGUGCAAGCUGCCCCGCCUCUCGCUCAACGGUGUGCGCUUCAAGCGGAUAUCGGGAACCUCCAUUGCUUUCAAGAACAUCGCUUCCAAAAUUGCCAAUGAGUUAAAGCUGUAAGAUGCACAAAGAAGACAAACGUUAAGACACAGACGCAAACGAAUUACGUUAAGCUUACGUUCUUUAAAGUAGCAGUUUCAGAAAUGUGUUUUCUCCAAAACACUCACCGGUUAUGUAUUAAAAACUAUGUAUAGAAUAAUGCUUUAGGCAAUAAUUUCCUGCAUCUUUGAAAUUAUUAUUAUUGAUAUGGCAAGUGUAUAACUGCUGCAGAAGACAUUACAGGAAGUUGCAUUGAAGACUUGACCCUCAUUCGCCAGUAAGUGCACUACAGCAUAGCCAAUGCCCCCCCCUCAAAAAAAGGAGAAGAAAUUAGUCCCAUAAUCCACCUCAGAGAAUAGCGAGAGCUGUCUAAUGGGGUUGAGUGGGGAUAGGGGGAGGUCAGUAGCAGCCUUUGUGGACCUGGAUCAGCAUGGAGGCCCCCUUGCAGCUCGGUGGUAGAUUGGGCCCAUAUAGUGUGAGCAGGAUGGCCUCCUGUGUAUGAGAUGAGUGGUUAUAUAGGGAACUUAAUUGCACAUUUUUUAAAUUAUUAUUUUCUUGAUAAGUUUAUAAAGUGGUUCUCCUGCAUUCAGUAUAAGCGGUUGUUUUGGUCACGGCAGAUUGGUUAUAAAACUUGGGCGCGGUCCUGCCAUAUCUCAGGCCACCUGUUUUUGAUUGGCUCCCUUGGAGACUCCAGUGUGCAAUGCAUUGUGGAAAUUGUAGUUGUGGAUAUAUAUUUUUUUUUUAGUUUGCUGAGGACUUCCGGUCAUCAGGAAGUUUGCUCACAGAUGUGUCCAGACUCUCCUGCCCACUUUUGUCAUGUGACCUCCAUGUAUAACUGUACAUGCCAACCACAGUUGUAUUCAGCCCACAGGUUGAGUAAUAUGUGGUUUGCCAUCCUGGAACAAAGUUGAAUAAAACACGCCAUUUUUAGUUUUGGUAUUAUUUAUUUUUGAUUUUUAUCAAUCCCUCCCUUCUGUGCACCCCUUCCUCUUCAAAAUAAUGUCGGCACUGUUUUUGAAUGUAAAUAAUGAAACUUAGUUUUGCAACAGCUGCAUAUUGUUACACUUUUCUUUUAUAAGUCCUGCUAUAAGGCAGGAGCUGUGGAGUUAAUGUAACUUGUCAUCAGGUAAGGUUCAUCAGUGUCUCCAUUAAAACAUCCCAAAGUCUGCAA